AUGGUGGGUGGAGAGAAAGAGGCGAAUGCUUGAUUUUUAUUUUAUUUUUUUGACACACACACAUACACACACACAAAAUCCCAACAACUAAUCCGUAUGAACCAGCCUUUUGUCUCGACCAGUGUAAGCAAAGCCUUGGCAGCUGGAGGUGGUGGAGGAUGUGAAGAAACCUGGAGGAUCUCCUUCCCAGAACCAGAUGGGAUCUCCAACGCGUGCCAGCCCAUUGGACUGGAGAACGGAGCCAACCCGCCAGCUGAAUGGUUCCCCUGCAGCCAGGGUCCAGGGUUGCGGCCACCCAACAGUGAAGUGGACGGCAGCGAGAGGAACUUCAGGGUGAACCUUCACUGCAAGUAUGGGCGGCCCAGAGAAUUCAAGUGUAACAGCAGGAGCAGCAAAACAGAAGGCCCAGGCAGCACAUUUCCAGAUGUCCAUCCGAGCAAUUGUUCCACCAAGAGGCAUGCGAGUGAAGAUGACUUGAGGAAGCGGCUGAAAUCCCAGGGGUCACCAGUACUGUCGACCGGAGGUGCUUUGCGCGGCACUUCCUCUUCUGAUUACAUCCAAGAGCCAAAGUUCUAUCAGUCCGGACAUCCUGGGCAAAAGACAUCGGUGUGCCUGGCAGAGAAAGCCUUGCCGUAUAGCAUGCUCAGCUUCCCAGAAGGUUCUUGCACUGUGUUAAGUCAAGAGCACAAGUCUAGUUCCUUGCACCAAACAGAGGCGGCCGAGAGGUACAAAAGCCUCCAUACCCAGAGCAGCGUCAAGCCUGAAGACUUGCUGGCACCCAGUGUUCCUGCCUGCCCUGCUGACGUCCAAGACUUGGAGGAAACCACCACACAAGACCGAGCUGCCAAAACUUUCUCCAAUGCUACCUUGGCCUCGGGGAGGUGUAACAUCGAUAGCAUCAUCUCCCUGUUGAAAAGCAAGUGUGGCAACGGCAGAAUCAACCUCUACCCUGUGGUGCAGCUCAUAGACAUUAUGAAGGACAUUGACCGACUCUCCCAGGACUUGAAGAGCUGUGGCGUUCACUUAGACUGCAGUGGCUUGCAAUUUGAUAGCCAUCUGCCGCUUAGUGAGGAAGGCCGAGGACAAGGUCUUCAUUAUAGCUUCUACUCCUCCCCCAUGCUGGCCAACAGCAUCCGCAGUCCCGAGGAGCUGGCAGUGCAAAGCAGCACCAAAGCGGAGCUCCUCAAACAGACUCAACCUAGCCAUUAUGCGGGAGAAACGGAAGGGGACACUCGAGGUGCCCAGGACCAAAUCAGCCAGAGUAGUCCUGUUCUGAAGGCCCCUAGUAGCCUUGACGAAGCUAGCAGCUCAGAGUCUGAGACAAAUGAUUAUCCUGAACUAACCAAUACAGAUAUCCUGAGCGAAUUGGCUUCUCUGGCAUGUCCUGGACCUCAGUUAUUAGAUCAGCAUUCGGAAUCCCACCAUCAGCUGCUAGAAAGCCAAGAGGCUGAGUCAAGGUCACAGUUAAUUGGCUCACAGUCUCUAGAACACCAACCCCAGCUAGUAGAUUCUAAGUCUCUGGAGCCGCCUCCAGAACCGUUGGCCCUGCAGACAGUGGAUCCCUUGCCUGCACCACUGGGGCUGCAGCCUCUAGAACCUCUAGAGCUUCAGAAUUUAGAGCCUCUUUCUGAGACACUAUCUCUCCAAUCCCUAGAACCCCUUUCUGAGCCUCUGGGGCUCCAGUCUUUAGGGACCCUGGACCACCAGUUGCUUGAUUCCCAGUCCCAGCUCCUGGAUGCAGAGGCCCAGCUGCUUUCCCCUUUGCCCAAGUUGCUAGACUCUCAGCCCCAUCUGGGAAGACAGGAGUCUUCAGGAGAACACCCGCUACAACCUGGAGGCCGCCUUGGAGGCUGCUCCUUAAGAGGAGUAGUAAGGCGAGGGGCUGGGCGGGGAAGGGAUGAUCACAGGAAAUAUGCUCUACGGAGAACAGAUAAACCAAAGAUACUCUGUCGGCGGCGUCGGGGAGGCCGAGGGCAGCGAACAGAGAUUGUCACUGACAGGCAAGUCCUCCCCAUGGCUGUACCAGUGGAGGUGGUCAUGGCACGGCCAGAAGAAGCCAGGAUGGCAGUGACCACCAUUACAGCAAAUGAAGUAGCAGAUCCCAUUGUUUCCCCUUUGGAGUCAGAAGAUGGCCAGAAGGCUACUGCCCUCCUGAAUCCCCCAAAGCCCAAAUGCCGUGGCAUCCGUCGGAUGGUGGUCAAGAUGGCCAAGAUUCCUGUCUCUCUUGGGAGGAGGAACAAGACAACGUACAAAGUGUCCUCCCUCAAUAGUAGCUUGAAUGUAGAGGGCAAAGAGGUUGCCAUCUCCCAUUCUUUAGAGCCCACCCCACUGCUGAAGAUGAAAAACAAUGGCCGGAAUGUGGUGGUGGUUUUUCCUCCAGGAGAAAUGCCCAUCAUCCUGAAGCGCAAGAGGGGAAGGCCUCCCAAAAACCUGAUGCUUGGGCCCUGCAAACCUAAGGAGCCUGCCCCAGAAGUGAAGAAACGGAGGCGGAGGAAACAGAAAUUGGCUUCCCCACAGCCCUCUUAUGUUGCAGACACCAAUGACAGUAAAGCGGACUAUUCAGAUGUCCUGGCCAAGCUAGCCUUUCUCAACCGCCAGAGCCAGUGCUCCGCUCGUUGCUCCCCACCCCGCUGCUGGACCCCAACUGAGCCUGACUCCAUCCACCAGGCUCCUGACACUCAGAGCAUCUCCCACUUUUUGCACCGAGUACAAGGCUUCCGCAGACGAGGCGGCAAAGGAGGUGGGUUUGGGCGUGGAGGGAGCCACUCUGCCCGUUCCUCCCGUUGCUCCUUCAGCGAUUUCUUCGAAGGCAUUGGCAAAAAGAAGAAGGGGGUUCUGGGGACGGCCAUGCAUGUCGACCCAACUCAUCCCCGGAAAAGAGGCCGUCCAGAGCCGGACUCCAUGGAGAAGCCCAAAAGAAAGAGACGAUCACGCAAAAAUGGGGUCUUGUUUCCUGAGCAGAACCCUAACCAGAACUUCAGUGAUGGGUCCUCAGAAUGGUGUGGAGAAAAAGAAAGUCUUUGGAUGUCCCACCAAGGACACCUUUCUAGUCAAGCCAAUAGGAAUUGCAGCUACCAAGGCAGCGAUUCCCGAACCUUCCACUCCUCAACCGUGGAGUCAAGUUCCUCAAGCCGAACUGGUUUUUAUGGGGGGAGCAAUCCAUCAUCCCAGUCUGAACUCAGUCAGGAAAGGCAGAGCCUUUUCACGGGCUAUUUCCGUUCCCUGUUGGAUUCCGAUGACUCCUCUGACCUGUUGGACUUUGCCCUCUCCAACUCUCGCUCUGCUUCGCGGAAAUCCUCCACCACAUAUACAGCCCCACCCAAUGCUAUUGCAACCCAGAGAGGCAUGGCGUCUUACUCAAGCCGGGGUGGGAAAGCCACACCCUCUUCCACCACCACAACUGCCCCGAGCGAGGUGCCCUUCCACACAGUCAGCCGGCAGUCAUUCCCUCCCAACCGAGCAACAGGUUACAACCUGUCCCAGGCUGCUUCGGAGUGCCGUGACCCAGAUGCCUUCCAGAAGCUGGCAUCUCUCUCGGCUGUCUCCAGGUCUCCCACUACUCACUCUACCACAGCCUCCAGCUAUGCACAAUAUGGCAACUAUGGCAGUACCGGAGGACAAAGUGUGACUCCUGCCAGUUUGUUUCAGCAAGGGAAGUCCUACCACGCCACCCAAGACUGUCCCAACAACAAGGACUGCAGCUUCACCUACAGCGGUGGCAAUAGCCUGCCUUCCUCCCCAAGCAGUGCCCACAGCGUCAGCUACACCCAGCAGACUACAGGGCCCAGCAUGUCCCUGAGUAAGCCCUCUUUCUUCAACAGCUCUGAUCCCAGCCAGUUCUCCAACUCCUCUCACACCCCCAUGAGGUGUGACAGCCGGGCAAGCACUGUAUCGCCAGGGGGUUACAUGGUCCCUAAGAGUUCAAUCCCCUUCCAGCCCUCACCGGAGAACUGUAGGCAGUUCCCUAGUGCCUCUCAAUGGGCUUUCCGGCAAAGCUACGGCCUGGACUGGAACUCUGAGUCCUUCAGUCAACUCUACAACCCGGGCUUUGACUGCCACAUCAAUGAACCCAAUGUCAUCCUAGACAUCUCCAACUAUACACCCCAGAAGGCCAAGCAGCAGACAGUCUCUGAGACCUUCUCCGAAUCCUCCUCCGACAGUACCCAGUUCAACCAGCCAUCCGGCUACAGGAGGGCCAACAGUGAGGCUUCAUCUAGUGAAGGGCAGUCCAGCCUCUCGAGCUUGGAGAAGCUGAUGAUGGACUGGAAUGAGUCUUCUUCAGCCCCAGGUUAUAACUGGAACCAGAGUGUUUUAUUCCACAGCAACUCCAAGCCAGGACGGGGCAGGCGAAAGAAAGUGGACAUAUUUGACACUGCCCAUCUCAGUUUCUCCACGGGGGGCUACCCCUCCAAGCGAGGGACCGGUGCUCGGCAGCCACGGGGUUCACGAGGUGCCUGUGCCUCCAAAAAAGAAAGAGGCACAGGCAAAGCAAAGUUCCCCACCAAAUCCCAGCCGGUGAACCCGCUGUUUCAAGACAGCACAGAUUUGGGACUAGACUACUACAGCGGGGACAGCAGCAUGUCCCCGUUGCCUUCACAAUCCCGGAGCUUUGGGCUCAGCGAACGCGAUCCUUGUGACUAUACCGGGCCCUACUCCAUGAAUCCUUCCACGCCUUCGGACGGCACCUUUGGGCAAGGGUUCCAGAGUGACUCCCCCAGCCUGGGGCAGACGGACUUGGAGAGCAAGCAUUUCCCCACCCUGCCCCACCAGCUGGCUGCCCCUCAGCAGGCGGUGUUCGAAGCCAGCUUGCAGAAAGCUUUCUCGCCCAACUGCUCCCCCACCCUGGCUUUCAAAGAGGACUUGCGGCCCAGUGACCUCCGGAAGCUUCCGGCCUGCGACUCGCUCAAACACAGCCUCGCCGGGGUGGCCGGCUUGCCCCACUCGGCCACCCACAUGGCCUGCCGGGACCUCUCCAUGUCUCAGCCGCACUAUGAUUCUCCCAGCUGUAAAAACCCCAGCUAUUGGUAUUCGCCCACUGCCAGCACCCGCAGCCCUCCCUAUGACAACAAAGCCGGCGUGGGCAUGCUGGUAGACUUCAUGGGGAGGAGCCCCGAGGCUUCCUGCCUCAACCCCCAUUUGACCAGCCCCGCCAGCAGCAACCCUUCCAAGAGUGAGAAGGAGCCCAUGGACAUGGCAAGGGCUCAUCACCGAGGAGCCUAUAUUUGCCCCUUGAUGAAUGACUUAAAUAUCUCCCCGGUCCCGAGAGACUCGAUGCUGCCGCUGCAGGACAACUAUAGGUACCCCAGCUUUGCACCCCAAGGGCACCCAAUCAUGACCGCACCCCAGAAGAGCGGGUUUUUGGGUCCAAUGCUAGAACAGCAUCCCGAGGACACAUUCACAGUCACCUCCUUGUAGUGUCAUCUGAAGUGCCAACCAGACACGAGGUUUUGUUUCAGGUUUCUGUUACCCAAAGGAAGAAGAUCCCUGUCUUCUCACCACCCUUGUUAUAAGCAUGCAACACACCGGCUCCUUGUGACCUGUUACUUUGUUGGAAUGGGAUGGGAGACGAGAGAUCUACCAGCGAAGAUCACCACCACCACCGACCAAGAGAUUCCAGCAAGUCCAUGGAAGACUUGCAUCGCCUUUUGGGGCACUCUCCCCACACUACUCUCUGUGUGGCCCCCGCUCCUCUGUUACUGCUCCUCUCUGCCCCCUUAGUGCCAGAUGGAUCUGACUGGGAGAAGCUCGCAAGCAUGUCUUCUCCAUCGGAAGGAAGGAGGGAGGGAGGGUUGAGGGAAACGGGCCUUUUCUAUCUGCACAAAACCAGCAAUUGUAAAUACUUUUCAAAAAUGUAAAAAAGAAAAGAAAAAUUACAAAAGAGCAAACACCACCAAGAUGUAUCCUCCCAUUCAUACACACACGCACACACACAUACAUUCAAAAUCUGAAAUGUUUUGAAGACAAAUAAUAAUAAUAAUAAUAAUAAUGGAGAAGAAGAAGGAAAAAAAAAAAAAGGCGGCCAGAGAGUCAAAGCAGGAGAGAAGCUAAUUGUGUCGGAUAUGCACUGAGAAAUCUUAUUUGCAGAUUGACAAAAAAAAAAAAGUAACAAGAACCUAUUUAUUGUAUAUAAUGUUUUAUUAUAAAUCGUGAAUUGUAUAUUGCAUCUGUACAUCUGCUGUGGUUUUGUGAUGUGCAAAUUUCAGCAUGGGUUUCUCAUUGAGGUUUUCAGUUCCUUUUUCUAUUGUUUUGGGGGGGGGAGUUUUGAGGAAAAACAAAUAUUUUGUUUUGGGUUGUUUUUGUUUUGUUUUGGCAGGACACACCCAAAGACCCAAGUUUGUAUUAAAAAAAAAACUAGGGAAAAAAAAUAGACAAGCUAAUAAAUACACCCUUUCUUUGAGGAAGGGGAGGGGGGAGAGGGAGGGAAGGGAGCGAAGUUUUCUGAGUUCUCAUUGGCCACCUGGAAGCCCAAAUGAGUAUCAAGUAUUCCUUCCUCCGCGUGCGCCCUUUUAUGCCAGUGCUGAGCUCAGGGUGUGUGCGUGUGCGCAUGCGUGCGACUCUCCCCCUUUCUCCCCCUCCCCCUUCUCCCCACCCGCCUUUUGUCCUGCUCUCUAAAUUCCCUCCUUUUCCUGUUUUGGAAAAAAAAAAAAACUUCCGUACAGCUUUGUGGAUCGUGCAGAAAAAAAAAAGAAAAGAAAAAAAAUAUCACCCCAUCCUGUGUUUUGUCCAUUUGUGCAUCUAAAUAUACCAGCCCUUGGUAGUUGCUUGGAGACGAACAGACUCCAAACCCUCCGGAUUGGCACCUCUGAGCCGCCGCCGCCGCCGCCGCCGCUGCUGCUUGCUUGAUUGAUUCCUCUCCCUGGCCAAAAAAAUCGUCUUCGUCCACCGCCCGAAUUCCCCCCCUCCCAACCACUACUCCUCUUCCCCCCCCCACCUCCUCCUUCUUUUACUGCUCCCUCUCCCGCACCCCAAUUGGUCUUUUUGUGUAUUUAGGAAGGAAUUUUUAAUAGACACUUUUUUAUAUUAAAAGAAACCUAUAUAUUGAGUGACGA